CCAAGUCUUCUGGUCUUUCCAUUGUGCCCUUACAUGGGUGUAAGUGCCGCUUCCAUACUCAACCAGCUCCUCCACGCAAAGAACCUCAAGCCUCAACCACGCUCCACCGCAACCAACACCACCAAGGCGGCCAUCACAACCAUCCUCUCCCACGUCAACGCCGGUCACAUCUGUAAAGCCGCCUCCGUCCUCUUCGCAUUCCCGGCGCCCUUCCCAUACUCCCUCUACGCCCAUCUCUUCCAACACUGCACCUCCCCACGCGCAGUCGUUGGCCUCCGCAAGGCCGAGUCCCACCUCCUCACCUUCUCCCCCAACCCACCCAUCUUCCUUCUCAACCGAGCAAUUGAGGCUUAUGGAAGAUGUGACUCUCUUCGGGAUGCACGUGAAUUGUUCGAUGAAAUGCCGCAGCCAGACGGUGGCUCUUGGAAUGCGCUCAUCAACGCUUAUUCCCAGAGAGGUUUCUCGGAUGAGGUUUUCAAGCUGUUUUUGAAGAUGAAUAGGUGUGGUGUUUAUCCCAAUCAGAUAACUUUGGCUGGUGUUCUUGGGUCGUGUGCUGUGGCUUCUGAGAUUGUUUUGGCCAAGCAGGCUCAUGUGACUGUUGUGAAAUUUGGGUUUUGUCGCAAUGUGAUUCUCGGGAGUUCCCUUGUUAAUGUCUAUGGAAAAUGUGGGCUCAUGGUUGAUGCUCGUAGAAUGUUUCAAGAGAUUCCAAGUCCCAAUGCUGUCACUUGGAAUGUCAUUGUGAGGAGGUAUCUUGAUGCUGGCGAUGCGAGGGAGGCCAUUGUCUUGUUUUCGCGGAUGUUUUUGGUGAAGGUUCGACCAUUGCAUUUCACAUUUUCAGCUGCUCUUGUUGCUUGUGCGAGUAUCUCUCGGCUGGAAGAGGGGAUGCAGAUACAUGGGGUGGUUGUGAAGUUAGGUCUUCACGAGGAUAAUGUUGUUUCAAGCUCACUUAUUAACAUGUAUAUGAAGUGUGGUAAGCUUGAGGAUGGCCAUGAGAUUUUUGAUCAGAUUGGUUCCAAAGAUUUGGUGUCUUGGACCUCGAUUGUAUCUGGGUAUGCAAUGUGUGGGAAAAUAUGGGAAGCAAGGAAGAUUUUUGAUGAGAUGCCUGAGCGAAAUGUGAUCUCAUGGAAUGCAAUGUUGGCAGGGUAUGCUAGAUUUUGUGAUUGGCACGAAGCAUUAGACUUUAUAUAUCUGAUGCUUGGUAAAAUUAAAGAUGUUGAUCAUGUAACACUUAGUCUGAUGUUAAAUGUCUCUGCAGGUCUUUCAGAUCAGGAGAUGGGUAAACAAGUACAUGGUUAUAUAUAUCGACAUGGUUUCCACUCAAACCUGAGUGCCGGCAAUGCUCUUCUUGAUAUGUAUGGUAAAUGUGGGAACUUAAACAGUGCCACAGUUUGGUUUGACCAGAUGAGUAAUCGGCGUGACUGGGUUUCUUGGAAUGCUUUGUUGGCUAGCUAUGAUCAUCAUCAGUUGGGUGAACAAGCACUAACAAAAUUUUUGGAGAUGCAGUGGGAGACAAAACCAACAAAGUAUACCUUUGGAACUCUCUUGGCAGCAUGUGCAAAUAGUUCUUCUCUUAACUUUGGAAAACAGAUUCAUGGAUUCAUCAUUAGACAUGGAUUUGAAAUGGAUAUUAUAAUCAGAACUGCUUUGGUCAACAUGUAUUCUCGAUGUCGAUGCCUUGAGUAUGCUAUCGAGGUUCUCAAGGGAGCAAUUUCCAGAGAUAUAGUCAUUUGGAAUACCAUCAUUUUUGGAUGUUGCCACAAUCAUAGGGGUAAAAAGGCGCUUGAACUUUUUCAACUGAUGGAAGCAGAAGGCAUCAAUCCAGACCAAGUGACGUUUCAGGGAAUUCUGCUGGCUUGUGUUGAAGAAGGCUUUGUUGAUGUAGGUACUGACUGCUUUAGAUCAAUGAGCAAUGAAUACUAUGUCCUGCCCUGGCUGGAGCACUAUGAUUGCAUGAUUGAACUAUAUAGUCGGCAUGGAUAUAUGGACGAGCUAGAGAACUUUCUCAAAACAAUGCCAAUAGAGCCCACUCUUUCAAUGUUGAGAAGGGCCUUUGAAGCAUCUCAGAAAAAUAGAUACUCAAGACUAGGAGAAUGGAUUACACAUAAACUUAAUGAAUUUGAACACUAAUUAAUUUCAACCAACUGCAUGUGUGAUUAUAGCAGAGAUCUGAUCUCUGUUUCAGAUUCUAGCUUUGAUUUGCCGCUAUGGACGACUUAUACAUGCAACUGCAGUGAGCACGAGGUUGUUUGGAUUUGCUGAAAGAACAUGAUCAUUGCUAUUGUGCAACUGAAACCACAAAGAAAAAUCCUUGUCCAUAUAAAAGUGGCAGAUUUUAAGGUAUACAAAGAGAAGCAAGUUUCACAGUGCAAGCACAUGCAAAGAGAAAGGAAAGCUACAUUGUUACAGAAUAUGAUCAAAUGAUAAUCUCUUUAGCGUUAUGAAGCAUUAUCAAAGUUGGAAUUGAAGAUUCAAUUUGGGAAUCAGAUGACAGUAAAGGCAUUUGCUGGAGGUAUCAUCCUAGAGGCUGCCUAAUCCUUAUUUGUAGAACAGAAUUGCAGAAGAAAGUUGUUUCUGCAUUCAUACCAAUUAUGUAUCUCCUGAUGAAGGUAGGUUUAGAAGUACAAGUAUGCACCACCACCAGGUACCAACAACAAAGUAUUGUUCUAAUGGAAGGUGAAUGAUAUAGUGGUCCCAAGAUGUUUGGUGUUUCAAUGAUGCAUAAAAGUUUGAACUGUAUAUUAAAAGUUCCAACUGUCGCCACUUCACUGUCUCUGCCUCCAUCAUGUUCAAUCUUCUCUCCUUUAUCUUUCAACUUUUUCCAACAACACCACGGUUGCCGCCGCCACGUUACCAUCAACACCAUUGACCAUCAGCAUCCACCACUCUCAAUCUUCAACCACCAUAAAGAAUGUCAAAGUUCUUGAAAUCUUGACAUAAAGUUCACUUUCAGCAUUGCCAUGGCCACUCCCAUAAAAGUCUCAAAUGAACGACAUCAUCUCAUGCAUCAAAGAGGACAAUGAGGUAUCCUCCUCCUCAACUUGAGUC